GUGACACAGCGAACAGAACACCAUCACCAGAAUGCAGAAUCAAAUCUAUCGCCACAAGAAAUUUGAUUUUGGGCGUUCAUCGGCAGAGAAAGCCGAUUUGCUCCUCAAAGAAGAGCUCAUCUCCCGCACUGGAACGCCCUGCAGCAGUCGUAGCGCCUACGAUGAGUGGGAGGAGAGCAGCACCAGCCACCGUUCCAGUGAGUAUGGAAGCCACUUUCUGCCGCUGGCUAAGCGCCGACGCCUCGACGCCUCUACCACAUCAUCACCCACUGUAUCCUCCUCGCAUUCUCUAACCUCGAUCUGUGCGGCGGCUCUGCAAAACAUCUGCAAGUAUCACGGCAACAUGGUACGAAAGUUCCCCAAAAAGGAGCGCACGCCCAAGGAUCAGGAGCGGCGAAACAAGAACACCAUUGCCUGCCGCAUGAGUCGGCGCGUCAAGAAACUGGAGCAUCUGGCCAUCGAGGAGCAGUACAACGAGUUCUCCAGCCAGCACCUCAAAAUAGCCGAGCAGAGUAUGCGAGCCUGUGUCUAUCUGAAUCAUCUCCAGCAGCUGGUCCAGCAGAAGUCCAAGGAAGCAGAAACAGCAACAACCCAGCCGCCCCAGAAGAUUCCCCCGCCUGCGAAGAACUUCAGCAUCGAAUAUCUGAUCGGAGCGAUGCAACGGGAGCAGUCCAGCUACUCCGAGGGAAAUUCCCCCUUAAUCACUGUGUGAUUACAUCUAUUAUUUGAUUUUAGUAUUUAGUUUAAGCUUGUUUUAAGUGUUUUUUUGUAAGUUUCUCCAAGAAAUUAAUGGUUUAGUUUUAAAUAAUUUGUAGUCCCUAUUAUCUGAGUAGAACCCAUAGAAUAUUAGUCUUUACAUUACUUGCAGCAAUAUUUCUUUGAGAAAUACAAAUUUAAUCCAUGAUA